UUUCUCCUAAUUUUUGACCUCUUAAAGACGUGAUAUCGGACGGCGCAUCAUACGACCAUGCCUCUUGACCACGGGCCGUCACCUCUCAGACCUCCCCCGAUUCGUACCGCAUCGUCAUACAGACGAGUCGAGGUCAUGUCCCCAAUUGAUAGCGAUGUCCACCCAGUCAUCCAUACCGGGAGAGUUGCCGUCAUCACUGGUGCUGCAAGUGGUAUUGGCAAGGCUGCCGCUAUCGAGCUGGCAAAGGUGGGCUUGAAGAUUGCCCUUGCAGACGUCAACGAGGAAGCGUUGACCGCAGCUGGCAAAGAGGUUACCGCGAUCGCGGGCGACGGCAACAUCCUCGUGAUUCCCACCGACGUCUCGAAGAUAGAUGACGUUGUGUGCUUGCGCGACAAGGUCUACGAGGCUUGGGGAGAGGUCGCCGUGCUGAUGAACAAUGCUGCAAUAGCUCUCCCAAGCAAGUCCUGGGAUAAUUUAGAGAAUUGGAGAAGGACAUUUGAAGUCAAUUUAUUCGGAGUGGUGAACGUGCAACAAACUUUCGUACGGUCGAUGCUCCAUCAGGAAAACCAGGCGAUAGUUAUCAAUACGGGUUCAAAGCAGGGCAUCACAAACCCUCCGGGUAAUCCCGCGUACAAUGCGACCAAGGCGGCGGUGAAGAGCCUCACUGAGGGUCUUGCACACGAGUUGCGCGAAAACCCGUCAUGUAAUGUCACCGCACAUCUCUUUGUCCCUGGCUGGACGCACACUGGCCUGACAGCCCCACAGGGUGGAGAGAAGCCUGCGGGUGCGUGGACUGCUGAAGAGGCGGUUCAAUACAUGCUAGAUGGUGUGCGCCAUGGGGAGUUCUAUAUUAUCUGUCCGGACAACGAGACGACACACGACCUGAAUCAGUUGCGGAUCAUGUGGGCAGCAUCGGAUGUGGUGGAGAGGCGACCCGCCUUGAGCCGGUGGCAUAAGGAUUGGAAACCGUUGUAUGACGAGUACGUGCGGGAUGGGUUGGCAGGUAUGGAGCAAUCAGGUUGGCAGACCAAUUCGGUCUAAUCAGUUAGUAAGUAAUUCUUUAUUGUAGCUACGAAUAUACUCCCAUGUACGGACGGCUGCCGAAUACUCCGAUGGACCAUGGGUGUGGGAC